UGCUCACGCCCCAACAUGUGCACUUGUCCAAGCGGUCACAUUGCCCCAACCUGUGCGACCAAAUCCCCUCAGCAGUGCAGUAUCAGGUGUAUGAAUGGCGGAGCCUGUGCUGAGGACCACUGCCAGUGUCCGAAGGGCUACACAGGAGCCCACUGUGGACAACCCGUCUGUGAGAGGCAGUGCCAGAAUGGCGGGCGCUGCAUCGGGCCGAGCCGGUGCGCCUGUGUCUACGGCUUCACUGGGCCCCAGUGUGAGAGAGACUACCGCACAGGGCCCUGCUUCACCCAGGUCAACAACCAGAUGUGCCAGGGCCAGGUGAGUGGCAUCGUCUGCACCAAGACGCUGUGCUGUGCCACCGUGGGCCGAGCCUGGGGCCACCCGUGCGAGAUGUGUCCAGCGCAGCCUCAGCCCUGCCGACGCGGCUUCAUCCCCAACAUCCGCACCGGGGCCUGCCAAGAUGUUGACGAGUGCCAGGCCAUCCCGGGGCUGUGCCAAGGAGGCAACUGCAUUAACACUGUGGGCUCGUACGAGUGCAAGUGCCCAGCUGGUCAUCGUCAGAACGAAGCCAAUCAGAAGUGUGAAGAUGUGGACGAGUGUACGGUCAUCCCACGCGUGUGCGACGGUGGCCGGUGCGUGAACACGGUGGGCAGCUACUCCUGUGUGUGCCCUGCCGGCCUGGUGCCCUCCGGAGACAAGACCCGCUGCCUCGACCAGCACUCGGGCCUGUGCUUCUCUGGACUGCUGAGUGGCCGCUGCACCCAGGAGCUGCCGGGCCGCUUCAGUAAGGCCCAGUGCUGCUGCGAUGCUGGACGCUGCUGGGCCAGAGGCAACCUGCCAGAGCUCUGCCCCGUCCCCGGCUCCGGUCCUGGAUCAGUUCUGUUCUGGACGGUAAUGCAGGAUAAUGGGCUGGAAUUCGAGGACCGCGCUGCCUGCAUCAGCGCCGAGGCGCACCAGAGACUGUGUCAGGAGGGAGCUCCGGUGCGGCCGUACCCAGAGGGGGAUCCAGUGAUCGUGGGCGGCCGAGUGCCCUACCCCCAGGGCCCCAAAGAGUACGACCCCACGCUCAAUGGCCGCAGGGUCAACGGAAAUGGACACCCCUACCCCCAGACCCCGGUGAAUGGGAACGGCCACAGGAGGCACCCCGUCAAUGGCAAUGGUCACCAAAUACCCCAACAGUAUGACUAUGCGACUCUGAACCAGACAGUGGACUACUGCAGACAGGUGCCGAAUCUGUGCAUUAACGGACGCUGCAUCUCUGUGGCGUCGAGCUACCGCUGCGAGUGUAACAAGGGCUACAUGCAAGAUGUCAGAGGAGACUGCAUAGAUUUUGACGAGUGUGCGUCGGACCCCUGCUCUAACGGCGACUGCGUCAACACCCCUGGCUCCUACUACUGCAAAUGCCACGCAGGCUUCCUCAGGACCCCCACCAAGCAGACGUGCAUAGACAUCGACGAGUGCCUGCACAACGGGGUGCUGUGCAACAACGGGCGCUGCCUGAACACGGAGGGCACCUUCCAGUGCAUCUGCAACGCAGGCUUCCAGCUCACCCCCGACAGAAGGAACUGCGUGGACCAUGACGAGUGCGCAACCACCAACAUGUGUCUCAACGGCAUGUGCAUCAACGAGGACGGCAGCUUCAAGUGCAUCUGCAAACCGGGAUUCACGCUGGCCUCCAGUGGACGCUACUGCAUAGAUAUUGAUGAGUGCCAGACUCCAGGCAUGUGUAUGAACGGUCGCUGUGUGAACACCGAUGGCUCCUUCCGCUGUGACUGUAUGGCAGGGCUUGCUGUCAGCACGGAUGGACGGUCUUGCGUAGACACACACAUGCGCAGCACCUGCUACGGAGGCAUCAGGAAAGGCGUGUGCGUUCGGCCAUUCCAAGGAGCGGUCACCAAGUCCGAGUGCUGCUGCGCCAACGCCGAUUACAGCUUCGGCGAGCCUUGCCAACCCUGCCCGGCCAAGAAUUCAGGAGAAUUCCAGGCGUUGUGUGGAAGUGGCAUCGGCUUCUCAGUAGAUGGGACAGACAUUAACGAGUGUGCGCUGGACCCUGACAUCUGCGUCAACGGCGUGUGUGAGAACCUGAGGGGAAGCUACCGCUGCAUCUGCAACGUGGGCUACGAGACCGACGGCAGCGGCAGGAACUGCGUGGACAUUGACGAGUGCCUGGUGAACCGGCUGCUGUGUGACAACGGCAUGUGCCGGAACGUUCCGGGGAGCUACACCUGCACCUGUCCAAAGGGCUACCUAUUCAGGCAGGAAUCGGAGACGUGCGAAGAUGUGAAUGAGUGCGAGAGCAAUCCGUGUGUCAACGGAGUGUGUAAGAACAAUGCUGGCUCCUUCGCCUGCGAGUGCUCGCCAGGCAGCAAGAGGGACUCCACAGGCCUCAUCUGCAUCGACAGCCUAAAAGGCACCUGCUGGCUCAACAUCCAAGAUGGCCGCUGCGAGGUCAACAUCAACGGCGGCACGCUGAAGUCCGAGUGCUGUGCCACCCUGGGCGCCGCCUGGGGCAGCCCCUGCGAGCAGUGCGAGAUCGAUCCUGUUUGCUCCAGAGGGCUUGCUCGUCCAAAAGGGGUCACAUGUGAAGAUGUGAACGAGUGUGAGGUGUUCCCUGGCGUGUGUGUUAACGGCCGCUGCGUGAACACCCACGGCUCUUUCAAGUGCCAGUGUCCCGAGGGCCUGACCCUGGACUCCACCGGACGCCUCUGUGUCGAUGUCCGCUCGGAGCACUGUUACCUGACCUACGACGAGGACACUUGCGCUCAGCCCGUGUCCGGAAGGUUCCGGAUGGACGCCUGCUGCUGCACGCUGGGCGCCGCCUGGGGGAAGGAGUGCGAGGCGUGCCCAGAGGCCGGGCAGCGCGAGUACGACCUCCUCUGCCCGCGAGGACCCGGCUUUGCCAACCGAGGCGACGUUCUCACCGGGAGACCCUUCUACAAGGACAUCAACGAGUGUAAAGUGUUCCCCAGUAUCUGCACCCAUGGCAAAUGCCGCAACACCAUCGGCAGCUUCAGGUGUCGCUGUGACAACGGCUUCGCCCUGGACAUGGAGGAGCGCAACUGCACUGAUAUUGAUGAGUGCCGUAUCUCACCGGACCUGUGUGGUCAUGGCACCUGUGUGAACACGCCUGGCAGCUUCGAGUGCGAGUGCUUCGACGGCUACGAGAGCGGCUUCAUGAUGAUGAAGAACUGCAUGGACAUUGACGAGUGUGAGCGGAACCCCGGCCUGUGCCGCGGAGGCGAGUGUGAGAACACCGACGGCAGCUACGAGUGUGUGUGUCCACACGGACAUCAGUUGUCUACAGACGGGAAUGCUUGCGAGGAUGUGAACGAGUGUGAGCUGAGCUCCACCCUGUGUCGAUACGGCGAGUGUGUGAACGUGGUGGGCACCUAUCGCUGCACCUGCCACACCGGCUACCAACCCACACCUGACCAACAGGGAUGCACAGACAUUGACGAGUGCACCAUCGAGAACGGUGGCUGUGAUGUGCACUGCACCAACUCGGAGGGCAGCUACCAGUGCAGCUGUGCCUCAGGCUAUGCCCUCAUGCCCGACCAGAGGAGCUGCGCCGAUGUGGAUGAAUGUGAGGAGGAGCCAGGCAUCUGUGACGGAGGGCAGUGCACCAACCUCCCCGGGGAGUACCACUGUCUGUGCUUCGACGGCUUCAUGGCGUCCCUGGACAUGAAGAGCUGCAUAGAUGUGAACGAGUGUGAGCUGAACACCAACCUGUGCUUGUUUGGAGAGUGUGAGAACACCAAGGGCUCCUUCAUUUGCCACUGUGACGUGGGCUACUCUGUCAAGAUCGGCACGUCAGGCUGCACAGAUGUGGACGAGUGCGAGGUGGACGCCCACAACUGUGACGCCCACGCCACCUGUGUCAACACCCCGGGGGGCUUCCACUGCUCCUGUCGCGACGGCUGGCUGGGCAACGGGGUCAAUUGUGUCGACCUUGACGAGUGCACCAAUGAGACGCACCACUGCAGUGCCAGCGCUGAGUGUUUGAACACACCUGGCUCCUACCGCUGCAGCUGCACGCCGGGCUUCACUGGAGAUGGCAUCACCUGCUCAGACAUGGAUGAGUGUGCUGAGAAUGUGAACCUGUGUGAGAACGGCCAGUGUCUGAACGUACCAGGAGGCUACCGCUGUGAGUGUGAGAUGGGCUUCGUCCCUGCCCCUGACAGCAAGACCUGCCAAGACAUUGACGAGUGCACAUUCCAUAGCAUCUGUGUGUUUGGCAAAUGCAAGAACCUCCCCGGAAUGUUCCGUUGCAUCUGUGACGACGGCUAUGAGCUGGAUCGCUCUGGAGGAAACUGCACAGAUGUGGACGAGUGCAUGGACCCUAUAAACUGUGUGAAUGGCCUCUGUGUAAACGUCCCUGGAUCGUAUGAAUGUAACUGCCCAAAUGACUUUGAGCUCAACCCCACCGGAGUCGGCUGUGUCGACACUCGCGUGGGCAACUGUUUCCGGGAGGCGACUCCUCGCGGGCGGGGCAGCCUGUCGUGCAGCGUGGAGGUGGGGGUGGGCGUGAGCCGCUCCUCCUGCUGCUGCUCCCUGGGCCGGGCCUGGGGAAACCCCUGUGAACUCUGCCCCCCCAUCAACUCCUCGGAGUACAACACCUUGUGUCCAGGUGGAGAGGGCUUCAGGCCUAAUCCCAUCACCAUCAUACUGGAAGAUAUUGAUGAGUGCCAGGAGUUGCCAGGCCUUUGCCAGGGUGGUAACUGUGUGAACACCUUUGGGAGUUUCCAGUGUGACUGUCCUCCUGGCUACUACCUCAAUGUGGGCAACCGCAUCUGUGAAGACAUCGAUGAAUGUGUGGUCAACCCGGGCAUCUGCGGACCUGGCACCUGCUAUAACACCCUAGGCAACUACACCUGUGUGUGCCCACAGGAGUACAUGCAGGUCAACGGGGGCAACAACUGCAUGGACAUGAGGAAGAGUCUCUGUUACAGGAACUAUAAUGGCACAGUGUGUGAGAACGAGCUGGCCUUCAACCUGACCCGCAGGCUCUGCUGCUGCUCCUACAACGUGGGCAAGGCCUGGAACAAGCCCUGCGAGGCCUGCCCCACCCCCGCCACAGAUGAGUAUCGCGUUCUCUGUGGGAACAUAGUGCCAGGGUUCAAGCUGGAUAUUGAAACUGGUAAAGCCAUAGACAUCGAUGAGUGUCGGGAGAUCCCUGGCAUCUGUGCCAACGGUGUUUGCAUCAACCAGAUCGGAAGUUUCCGCUGCGAGUGCCCCACGGGUUUCAGCUACAACGACCUCCUGCUCGUGUGUGAGGACAUUGAUGAGUGCAGCAGUGGUGAGAUUCUGUGCCAGAGGAACGCCGACUGCAUCAACAGUCCCGGGAGCUACCGCUGCGAGUGCUCCGAGGGCUUCAACCUCUCCCCCACCGGGGCCUGCAUGGACCGGAACGAGUGCUUGGAGAUCCCCAACGUCUGCAGCCAUGGCGAGUGCAUGGACGUCGACGGCGGCUACGAGUGCCUGUGCCACAACGGCUUCAGGGUGUCCAUCAACCGGCGGAUGUGCCUGGACAUCGACGAGUGUGUGCGUCAGCCUUGUGGAAAUGGCACAUGCAAGAACACCGUGGGCUCCUUCAACUGCCUGUGUCACCCCGGCUUUGAGAUCACGCACAACAAUGACUGCACAGACAUCGAUGAGUGCACGACGUCAUACGGUCAGAUCUGUCGGAACGGCCGCUGCAUCAACAGCAUCGGCUCGUUCCAGUGUCUGUGUGACGAGGGCUACGAGCCCAAUCUGGACGGCAAGAACUGCGUUGAUGUGAACGAGUGUGUCAUCCUGCCGGGAACCUGUGCUCCUGGAACCUGUCAGAACCUGGACGGGUCAUUCCGCUGCAUCUGCCCCGAAGGUUACAGGGUGCAGAACGAACACUGUGUAGAUGUCAAUGAGUGUGUGGAAGAUCCGAACAUCUGCCUGUUUGGGACCUGUUUCAACAAUCCUGGCAGCUUUGAGUGUGUUUGCAAGCCUGGGUUCAUCCUGUCGGAGAACGGACGCAGAUGUUAUGAUAAGCGGGAGAGCUACUGUUUCACGCGCUUCGAGAACGGCAAGUGCUCGCUCCCGCAGGCCUUCAACACCACCAAGGCUAAGUGCUGCUGCAGCAACAUGCCCAAGGAGGGCUGGGGGGACCCCUGUGAGCUCUGCCCCAAGGAAGGCGAUGCUGGAUUCAAGGAUCUCUGUCCAUUUGGCUGUAUAAUCCCCGGCUUUGACGACUCGCGUAUCGACCUGAAUGAAUGUGUGGAGAAUCCAGGCAUCUGCUACAACGGCCACUGUAUCAACACUGACGGCUCCUUCCGCUGUGAAUGUCCUAUGGGCUACACACUCAACUACACCGGCGUGCACUGUAUUGACGUUGAUGAGUGUUUGGUGGGAAACCCAUGCGGUAACGGCACCUGCACCAACGCGAUCGGGGGCUUCGAGUGCACCUGUGAGGAUGGCUUUGAACCAGGACCCAUGAUGACUUGCGAAGACAUCAACGAAUGCGGGCAGAACCCGCUGCUCUGCGCCUUCCGCUGCAUCAACACGUUCGGCAGCUACGAGUGCAGCUGUCCGGCCGGGUACACGCUCCGAGAGGACCGCAGGAUGUGCAAAGACCUGGAUGAAUGUGCGGAGGGGCUGCAUGACUGUGAGUCUCGGGGCAUGGCCUGUAAGAACCUCAUCGGCACCUUCAUGUGUGUGUGCCCGGUUGGCAUGACGCGGCGCCUGGACGAUGAGCUGUGCCAAGAUGAGAACGAGUGCCGCACUAAGCCGGGUAUCUGUGAGAACGGCCGCUGUGUGAACACCAUUGGCAGCUACAUGUGUGAGUGUGGGGAGGGCUUCCAGCCGGACUCCACCCGCACGCAGUGCUUAGACUACCGGGAAGGCUUCUGCUUCACAGAGGUGCUGCAGACCAUGUGCCAGAUGUCCUCCAGCAGCAGGACCCCCUCCACCAAGUCCCAGUGCUGCUGUGACGGGGGCCGGGGCUGGGGCAACCAGUGCGAGCUCUGCCCGCUGCCUGGCACCGCCAAGUACAAGAAGCUGUGCCCACACGGCCACGGCUACGCCACUGACGGCAGAGACAUAGACGAGUGCAAACUCAUCCCAGACGUGUGUAAGAAUGGGAAGUGCAUCAACACCAUGGGCUCCUAUAAGUGCCACUGCAAGCCUGGAUACAUCACGUCUAUCAGUGGAACAGCAUGUGUUGACCAGGACGAAUGCUCCAUGUCCCCCAAGCCGUGCAACUUCAUCUGCAAAAACACGGAGGGCAGCUACGCAUGCUCCUGUCCCCGUGGCUACACACUGCAGGAGGAUGGCAGGACCUGCAAAGAUCUGGAUGAGUGUCAGACCAAGAAGCACAACUGCCAGUUCAUCUGUGUUAACACUAUCGGUGGCUUCACCUGCAAGUGCCCUCCUGGUUUUGCUCAGCACCACACAGCCUGUAUAGACAAUAACGAGUGUGCAUCGGAGCCCACCCUGUGUGGGGCCAAGGGCAUCUGCCAGAACACGCCAGGCAGCUUCAACUGCGACUGCCAGCAUGGCUACUCCCUGGACACCACCGGCCAGCACUGCCAAGAUGUGGACGAGUGUAAGAGCACCCACAGGUGUCAGUAUGGCUGCCAGAACAUUCUGGGAGGCUACCGCUGCAGCUGCCCGCAAGGCUACACACAGCACUAUCAGUGGAAUCAGUGUGUGGAUGAAAACGAGUGCUCGAACCCCAGCAGCUGUGGCUCGGCGUCCUGCUACAACACGCUGGGCAGCUUCAAGUGCGCCUGCCCCUCGGGCUACUCCUUCGACCAUCCCAGCAGCAGCUGCCGCGACUUGGACGAGUGCAGCACCCGCAAGAACCCCUGCAACUACGGCUGCUCCAACACCGAGGGGGGCUACCUGUGUGGAUGCCCCCCGGGCUACUUCAGAGUGGGCCAAGGUCACUGUGUGUCGGGCACAGGCUUUGGGAAAGGCCUGUACACGCCUCAUCAAGGAGCGGAAGGAGUGGACGAGGACAACGCCCUCUCCCCUGAGGCCUGCUACGAGUGCAAGAUCAACGGCCACGCCAAGAGGGGGACGCGCAAGAGAAGGGACGCCAAUGACACCGCAGCCGAAGAGCCAGAGGUGAGCCUGGCCAGCCUGGACAUUGACGAGCCGCUGACGCUGACGCUCAACCUCUCCCAGCUGGACGCCGGUCAGCACCUCCUGGAGCUGCGGCCGGCCCUGCGGCCCCUCGACGGGCACGUGCGCUACGCCAUCGCCGGCGGCGACGGGGCGGCCGUCUUCCGCCUGGAGCACAGCGACGACGGCCUCACGUACCUGCACUUGGCGUCUCGGCCGACCCCGGGGAGCUACUCGCUGGAGAUCAGCAGCGCGCCGCUCUACGGUCCGGCCCAGCUGCGGGCGCUCCGCAACAGCAAGGACAGAGACUACCUCUCGGGGGAGCUGGGCGAGAACCUGCACAUGAGACUGCACAUCCAGCUGCAGGAGAACUAG